AUGUCUCAAGGUGAAAAGAGAAGUCAUUUUGUGAUGGUAUCAUCUAAUUCAGAAGAUUCUGAAAAUGAGAAUCAACGAAGAAAUCGAGAAAAUGUUAAUGUUGAAUAUAGUGGUCAUGAAGAAUCAAAUUUAAAUGAUACAUGCGCCUCCAACAUACUUGAUGAAAUUAAUGGUUUAAUUCAAGAAGUCAAUCAACCUGAAGCUGAAUCAUCAGCAUCCAAUUCUGCAACAACUACAUCAAAUGUCACACCUACAGCUACAACACAAAAACAAUAUUGUCCUGUUACAAAGAAUGAAUUCGAUGAAAUCAACAAUUUAAAUGAAAAUACUUUACAAUUUCGUAUACGUGGUAAAGUCAUCUAUCGAAGUCCGAUUCAUCAUUUUUCUGCAAAUGGUCGAGUAUUUGAUUGUAUUCUUUGUGAUCGUAAUGGUGAAGUGAAAGUGGUGGUCUUUAAUGAUGAAGGUGAUCGAAUAUACCAUUUGAUGGAUUUAAAUCAAAAAGUUGUGGUUGAAAAUGGGCAAAUAAGAAAGACGGAUGAAAGAUACCGAACACAAUAUUCAAUUUAUGAAAUUCGAUUGGGUGAAAAUAGUCAUGUUGAACGAUAUGAAUCUAAUGGCUUUAAUCCAUCAUUCAAGAUCAUCAAGAAGCCAAUCAAUGAUGUUAAUCAAUUGGCUCAUAAUGUUGGUGUCGAUGUUGAAGGAAAAAUUAUAUUGGAUCGAGGUAUAUCAACAACAAGAUCUCAAACUACUGGUGCAGAAAUUCGACGACAAUCAAUGAAAAUUGAAGAUGAAACAGGUGGAAUUAAUAUUACAAUAUGGAAUCAAAAAAUUGAUGAAAUUCCUGAUAUGGUAAUGAAUAAAACAAUUCGUAUACGAAAAGGCAAGGUUAAUCAUUAUAAUGAUUUUAUUUCAAUCAAUGUAUCUGAACAAGCUAUGAUUGAAAUUGUAUCGACAAUGUCAAAUCAUAAAUGCCGUUCCAUUAUGUAUGAAUGCACUAAAGUUACACCACCAAAUGAUAUUUUUCCUUAUGAUAUCAGAGUGGUAUUGGAGAAUAUUGUAAAUCUAAAAAAAGUUCCAAUCAUGCAUUUACUGGUUGUUAUUUUUGCUGGUAUUGCUCAUUGGUGUUCACGAACAGUGUUAAACAUAGAUAUCGAUUGGGAUAUACCUUUACUAUUUUAUGGUGUGAUUAUAGGAUAUCCAGGAUCAAACAAAUCAACAGCUAUUGGUUUAAUCGAAAGAGCAACACGAGAAAUAGAAGAAUAUCUCCAAAUAAAAAUUGAAGAUAGUCGAAUAAAUGGAUCAGUAACCAUUGAAAGUUUAUUACACGAAUUAGAGAGGAAAAGAUCCCUUGUUCAAGCAUUUGAUGAAUUUAAUACAUUUGCGUCAUCGUUUGGUCUUUAUCGAGCAGAUAAAGCUGUAUAUCAUCGAUCUGUAUUAAAUACACUUUGGAAUGGACCAAAAUCAUAUUUUCGACAAUUAGUAAAAGGUGAUAUUAAAUGUGAAAAUCCAUGGCUUUCAAUUGUUGCAGCAGCGCAUCCCAGUGCAAUUAUUAAUAUAUUAAAAGAUGAAAAUAAUCAAUCAGGAGUCGAUGGAUUGUUUGCAAGAUUUAUUUUUUCGGCUCGAUUUUCACCAGAAGACGUUCAUAAACGUAGUAAACGUGAUGUUGAUACAACAGCUAGUGAAUAUAAUACACAAUCGUCUCCAUGUCCAAGUUUAAGUCACAUUAUGUAUUUUAUUUAUUUGAUGCAUCAUGAUCAAAUUUUAACGCUCAAAAUGUCGCCAGCAGCAAAUGAAAUCUUAACAUAUACUCAUGAUGAAUAUAAUAAUAUGGUGAUAGGUUUUCAAGGAUAUCAAGAUAUUUUAUGUACAUUAUUUUCAAAAUCACGAGAUCAUUUAUAUCGAAUCUGUGGUUUAUUACAUCUUUUUCACAAAGCUUGUAGUUAUGUUCUAAAGAUUGAACCACUAUUACAAUAUUUAUUAUUUGAUGAUUUAGCAGCUGAUUCAAUACAAAAAAUGGCUAAUCUAGCAAAAGAAAAUAUGGAUGAAUAUCUUACGAUUUCAGCUGAAGUUGCAUUAACAGCUGUUGAACUGAUGAAAUUUUAUGUCGAUACGAAAAAACUUCUAUAUGGAUUUCCAUUAAUAACUAUUCCACCAUCACAAGAUAUAACAAAUAUUGGUCCAUCUGCAUCACAACAAAUAAAUAUAGUUGAACAGAAUUCUCAAAGAAAUGUUUCUUAUCUUAAUUCAUCCGCUGUUGAUAAUUCAAGGCGAAGUGUUGUUAGUCAUUAUAAUGGUUUUUCUACAUUAUCAUCAUCAUCAUCGUCAUCAAUGGAUCCAUUUGAUGGUAGAACUACUGAUACAGUCAUCAAAAAAAUAUUAUUGUAUAAAAAGCAAACAAUAACAAGUAGUCGACUUACUCAAAUAUUACGAAUUCCUGGUGUUAAUGUUGAAAAUGUUAAAAAAAUUUUUAUCUUUUUGGCUAAUUGUCAAAUUGGGUCACAUUUAUUAGAAAAACAAAAAAAACAUGGAAAACCUCGAAUAUUGUUCACAAAAGAUCAAAUACCAGAUGACAAAGAAUCAGAAAAAUAUCAAAUGAUGAUAGAUUUUCUUAAAGAAUUUAAUAUUACACCUGAAGAAUACAAUAAUUGUCUCGAAAGUGAAUCAGAAACGUCAAGUAUAACAACAGACACUAUUCAUUGA